UUCGGUUGCAAUCUUACGGAUUGUUUGCUCGUAGCUGAGACACGAUCGCGUCAGGUCUCGAACGUACUAUCUACGGCGCGAAAGAAAAACAGUCCUUAUUAAUUAUCAUGUGAAGGUGCAGCUUCAUUUGCCAGGAACGCAUAAAACAGUUUGCUUUUCUGAAAUCGACAGUGGGAACUAGUCGGAAACGCGGAUAAUAGUUUCAGCAUCGUUAAGAGGAACAGACCGCCAGGACCAACGCGGCGUCAUCUUUCACGGUGAAGAUCGGAUGUGGACAUUGUGCCAUUCGACUGACGAAACGGUAGCAACGGAGGAAAUCGCGAUUUCGAACGACCUGGCACGUGAGAGGAGAGCAUAUUGGAUGAACAGGAGAGAUUGUCGGUGAUGGACAAUGAGCAGCCGCAUCAGGAACUGGUCAAGUGCGUGGUCGUCGGCGAUACGGCAGUUGGAAAGACCAGGCUGAUCUGUGCGAGAGCCUGCAACAAACACGUGUCGCUGUCGCAACUCUUGACGACUCACGUGCCCACCGUCUGGGCCAUCGACCAGUAUAGAAUCUACAAGGACGUCCUAGAACGUUCCUGGGAAGUAGUCGAUAACGUGAAUGUUUCUCUGCGACUUUGGGACACGUUUGGCGACCACGAGAAAGAUCGACGUUUCGCGUACGGCAGAUCGGACGUUGUGCUACUAUGUUUCUCUAUAACAAAUCCCGUAUCUCUACGGAACUGCAAGGCGAUGUGGUACCCGGAAAUACGACGAUUCUGCCCACAGACUCCGGUACUGUUAGUGGGCUGCAAGAACGAUCUACGUUACAUGUACCGAGAUGAGACUUAUCUGAGUUAUUUCCGUGACCGCAGUCCGUUCGUGAGAGCCACGAGGAAGAGCGAUCUGGUAAUGCCUGAUCAAGCUCGAGCUGUUGCACGUGAGCUUGGUGUUUGCUAUUAUGAGACUAGCGUCUUUACAUAUUACGGUGUUAACGAAGUCUUCGAGAAUUCGAUACGCGCUGCCUUAAUCGCGCGUCGCCAACAACGAUUUUGGAUGACGAACUUGAAGAGAGUGCAAAGGCCUCUUCUUCAGGCACCGUUUUGUCCACCAAAACCUGUACCACCGGAAGUGUGUUUGGCGGCAAGCACUUACGAAGAAAACAUGAAAACGUUGUGGACAAAACCAGUUCACACUGACGUGACUUUGAUAGCCGGAAACUGCACGUUUUCCGCUCACAGAUGUCUUUUAGCCGCAGCAUCGCCCGCGUUCCAUCGACUUUUCUCUAUGGAACUCGUUCAAGAACAAACACCUCGAAGCUCUAGCGAAUCUAGCAUGGUGAGUACAUUCGGCGAAGCAACAGUGGGUGACUUCAACGAUGACACCGAAUGCCUCAUUCGUAUCGAUCAAUCAAAACCUGCAAAAGUUUGGGAACAACUGAAGCGACGUUCAAGCUUCCAAGUACUGCCCACGGUGGACAACCAAAAGAAACCACCUGGAGCUACUAGAGAACUUAAUCAUCCUGCCUUCCAGAACAUCCGUGUAUGCUUGACUGAAAAUACAAAUGGAAUGCAGCAACCAACGACCGUGGUGACGCUGUCUAAACUAAUUACACCCCAGGCGAUGCAGCAGUGCUUGCAAUUCAUUUACAUGGGCAGCUUGGAUAAACGGUAUCACGAUCUACAAACAGCUCCUAUCGGGCUUCUACUGGAGAUUAGACAAGCGGCGGAAUUCUUGGAGCUCCCGCAAUUAUUGAUGGUGCUUGGGACUUUACAAACAAGAGAUCAAUUUAAUAAUGAUCUUAAUAAUAGGUAUAAGCAAGUAGUGAGGCAACGUUUGGAAGACAUUUGUCUAGAACAAGGACUCUUCGCUGAUGUGAUAUUUGAACUAGAUGAUGGAAGUGUUCCAGCCCACAAAGCGAUACUCACUGCCCGAUGUGAUGUAAUGAAGGCCAUGUUCUCCGGAGAUUUCCGCGAAAGUAGUGCAAAAGUGAUAGUGUUUCCCGGUGUACGCGAGUACACGUUCCACAAACUGCUCUGUUAUCUCUAUACGGAUGAAGUGCCAGCAAUUUCCUCUGCCAGGUGCUUGAAUCUCUUAGAAUUGGCAAAUCGUCUUUGUUUGCAACGACUGGUGAACUUGGUCGAGAGCAGAGUGAUCGAAGAUCUCGGGAGAUUGUCUCAGAACGAGGGAAACGAGGCCGUGGAGAAUUGUCUGAGAUUGCUGGAACCGUGCAAGUUGCAUAAUGCCGAUCAACUAGCUGACUGGUGUAUGAACCACUUGUGCGUCAAUUACAACAAGUUGUGCAAGAUGUCUCCGCGAAGCGUACGCCUUCUGCAUCCGGAGAACCAGGAAUAUUUGAACGAGCAUCGAUGGCCUCCAGUAUGGUAUUUAAAAGACUACGAUUACUACCAAAAAUGUUUGGCGGAACGUGACCGCGAAAAUAAGCCGACGUUGAAGAGAAAUCGUAAUCAGUCCGGUUGCUUAUGCUUCUCUGGUACGAGCAAAACUAGAAGAGAAAGUUCGAACGGUGGUGGAGGUACAGCAUCGUCGGCAAAUAACGAUCCGCAAGCUGAACGACCCCUAUUCGACUCUAUAGAGUCAGGUGAACAGGUUGUAUGACAAGAGCCUAGCGGCUUACGCCGCUCAGUCCGAUUCAUUCUGGUCCUACCUGUGCUCAUGGUCUUCAUAUGCACCAUUUUUACUAUUUUGAUACUGCUACAGAUUUAUACUUAAGGAACGUUAAACACGAUCUAUGCACACUCGAAGAUGCCUAUGAAAAAAUCCGGAUAUAGGUCAUCCAGUCCUUUACCAGCCGUACGUAAUGAGAAUGAAUUUCUUGGUUCUUCUUCCUGUUUUUCUUUGUCUUGGAAAAAAAGUGUCCAGUCUAAGAAAAAACGAUAUAUAUUCAUAUUACAAUUCCAAGAAAAAUUGGUGCGAUCGUAUCUUUUGUACAACUUCAACGGAAAUGAAUCCGACAUCCGUAUUGUCAUUUAAGAAAUGUAUUUAAAACAAAUUCUAUGCUGUCGAUUCUUUUAGAAUUUCACACGGGCGUCCGUCGUUUGUAAGCAAAUAAAACAAGAUGGUGCCUUUUGUUGACGACUCGUCGUUGCUGCCACAGCGACCCUAAUACAGGGUGAUGUCGAUCACCUGGGACAUGUUUUAACGUCUUUUUGAUCGUAUCCGUAAAUAUGAAUUACAGUGAAAAAAAUGAAUCACGAUAUAAGUUGAAGAAUGUCUUGCAUCCAAUUGUCCGUCAAUGAGCACGGCACGUUUUUCUAUGGAGAACGUGAAUGCUUCAGAUUGCUCAUCUACUUUGAUCACGUAACAAGUGAUUUUUAUACAAGAGUUACUUCGGUGGUUCUUAACACCCUUGAGAUUUUUUCAUAUUUCUCUGGUUAAUAUUGUUCAUGAUUUCUGUAUAUUCCUAAACCAAAAUUUCUACAUUAAUUUCAUGGUAAAUUUCAGGACGCAUAGAAAACCGAAUUGCAUUUUCUACCGAAUCGUUGUGCGUCUAAAUGCUGGGAAAUCUUGAACAGUAUUUACUUCGAUAAUUAUUGUAAUUUCCAGCUUCCUUCCGCCUCAAAUUACAACUUAAUUUUGCAAAAAAAAAAAAGAAGGGCAAGAGGAAAAGGGCUGGAAAAUUUUUUAAAUCGAGCCACUGAAGGGAAAAAAAGAAAUUUUCAAGAGACGAUUAAGAUUCGUCGUAAUUUUAUCGAUGCGUGUUAGACUGAAGAAAACGAGCAAUAGCUUUAGUCCAUAGUAGAGCGUGACUAUACUAAGGAAUACAUAUAGUUCUAUAAGGAAUAAGUAACUAUUAAUAAUAAAUCGACGCGGAUUUUUACAUUGUUUGUACAGCAUCCGACGACGCUUCAUCUCUUGAGUUUUCGUUCGACGAGAUUACGGUUUCUUCGAGUGCGAGAAGUCCUCUCGUAUUUGUACUAUUUUGUAACGAUUUACGGUUAAAUGAAAUAGCUAUUCUCGUCAAUCGUCGAUUACUAUUAAGUAAUGGGAGUGCAUGCAGUUCAAUCGACAUAAAGUUGGAUCGUCCAAUAAAAAAACUGCGACAUAUCGAUCACGGUAAUGGGUUACUGCUAGAAUUAUAAAUUACGAUCACAUUGGUAAGAAUAAUUUAAUAGGAUAGAUAACGAGAGAAAAUGGGGAUGAAUUGAUAAUUAAUUCGUAACGACUAUAAUUACGUAUAUCGUAACAUUCAUAAGGUAUAGAGCGAUGGUCCGUUAGAAUGUAUCUCUGUGUAAGAGUGAAUCCUCGCGUAUAUUAUAUAUUUUCUUAGCGACUUGUACUUUGUAAGGCACAAAUUGAUUCUCGUACGCCGAAGAAACGUAAUUAUGUAUCGUCAAAGUGGGUCAUCAAUCACGUAUAUAAAUCCUCGUUUAGAUAUGAAGCAACUUGUAUUAUUAGCGGUCGAUAUCACAAAUAAUUUAAUACUUGUUAGAUCAUCCUUUGCCGUGAUCAUCGUUCAAUCGAUUUUUUCAUACAUCAUCGUGCAAUGAAAGUAUGUUCGAAUGAAUGAGCGAAUGGGAAGGAACAAAAGGGGAAGAAACAAAAUAUAGACGGAGAAUUGUAAUUUUACAUUAUGUAUGUACAUCAUAUACGGUACUAUCUUGUUAACUGGCCGUUUAUUAAAAAAUUAGAAUUUCGCUCUUAGAAGAAACUUCCAAAGAAUGGUGGGGAUAGCAAUGAUCAGUUAAUAAGGCAGAAUUCCAGCCAAUUAACAAGACAGUACUGUAUCUAAAUAAACAUUUAUGUAAUCACGCGUGACAAUGAGGGUUCUUUGACUGGUUAUUCGAAUUAAACAAUUUCAAUCUCGAUAUUUGAAAGAAGUUGAGGAAGAAGUAAAAUUAAACAUAUAUACAGUCACAAGAUGUAUUACUGCCUGAUCUGAGAGAAAUUAACGAAAACAAUGUACACGCAAAGAGAAUAUAUCUGUUCCGGCGAGGCGAGGGUGAGAAUAGCGUCCCAUUUGUACGCUAUGUCAAUUUUAAUGUUAAUGUUAUCCUUCGUCGCUCCUAAGUGUAUAUUUUGUACUGAAAUCAGUAAUCGUAGAAAUAAGGAAUACUGUUACAUGUAGAGCGAUAGGGGAUCAGGAAAUUAUAAUUUUCAAAUGCAUUUUA